UAUUGUAAUUUAUUUCUAAUUAAAUAUGAAAUUUUCUGUUUCUGUCUGUACUUAUUGUUGUGCCUUUUUGCUAAUUGGGUAUGAAGGAGACCUCCAUAUUGUGAUUACUGUGGUAAGUAUGUCCUAAAUCCUAAUCUGAUUUCCACUCUUUUCCUGUCGCUUUUAGGACCGCUUUUCACCUUUGACAACAACAUUAUUGGAUGGGCCAGGGCCAGCCCAAUUUCCCUAUUUAUAAUUAAGCUUUAACAUCAUGGCCAUCCACCAUUGCAAAGACAAGACAAAACUCAAAUUGAAACCAUCUCAUUCACCCACCACCAGAUGUAUUACGUAGUGUUAUUAUAUCGAUAAUUAUAAAUCUAACAGCACUUAAUUAGCCAAAACAUAAUUAGAGUGGUUGGAUGGCUGAUUGUCCUGUACUAAUAUGGAUUAGAGCAAAGUCUAGUGACAUGAUUAAGGCUUCUGUGGCCUUUAAAUAAACAAAAACCAAAAAAGGAAAAACAGAGUUGAUUGGAUGGACGAAAAUGGGAGGGUAUUUUAGCGAGUCAACUUUCGAGGUUACGUGGAAGCAUUUAUAAAUCUAUUAUUAUUUUUCGUUCUAAAUUUGGAGUAAUUGUUAGAUUCGACAUCGUUCUUUGCUGAAAAAAUGGAAUCCCCUAUAGAAAAAAUCAUGCGGUGUACAAUUGACCAAAGUACCAAAACACAUGUAGUAGUGUCUAACUACAUCUAAAACCACAAGUAUGUUGAGCGAAGUCCAAUAACCAAUGAUGCGGAAAAAGAAUGUAUUAACAACUCAAUCUAUCUUCCGAAUGAGGAGCACCACACUGGCAACUGACGUGAAAACAAUAAGGCAACUAUGAUGAGAAGCAUUUCGAUAUUCGACCAAAUCAGAAACCAUCAAAUACCAACGUGAAAUAUGUCAUAAACUGCAUAAGACAAUCUAACCACGACAUAACCAAAUUGCCAGUUCAGUGAAAGCCUCCAAGAAGAUUGAUUAGGAGCUCAAAUGGAAUGAUAAUCGCUUUCAAACAAAGUUGAAUCCAAGGGAAGAUCACAUUCUCAUAUAUAUACUCUUUGAAACACGAGACCAUUGAAUGUACGCUCGAAAUUUUAAGACCAAUGCAAAGCUCCUAAACUAUCCUUAUAUUUCUUAAUCCAUUGAUAUUGUCAGUAAUUAGUGCAAUAAAAUAAAUCAAUUUCUUAACAAAUAAUUUAACUCAAACGAGGCCGAUUCAACCAAAUAAAUUCUAUACCUUUCUCGGCCCUUUGGCUAAGAUCAAACAAACCAAUCUCUAACAAAUUUGUUGAAAUAUUUGGAUACUUGUGAAAUUGUUAAAUGUUGGCUCUAUGUUUACGAUAUUCCCGCUAAAAAUGGUUCAGAAAUUAAUGCGAUGCCGAAACUCGGGAAUUGGGAUUGAUAGUACAGCGUAGUACUCUCCUCCAUUGAUGAUUCUUUCAAGAUAAAAAUAAGACUCCCAAUCUCCCAUAGGAACCAACGUCACUGUUUAUAUACUUUGUUUUGUUUAAUCGACCACCCCACCUCUCUGCAACUAAUACCAAUUACAAAAUUCGGAUUCGACAUCUCACAAUGGAAUCACACGCUGCAAAAAAUUUCCCCACCUUUCACUCUCUUCCUAUCUCUCCAGCCUUAUAUUCAUCGCCCAACUCCAUCCAUAUCCAGAUUUCCUUCCUCUUUCUCUCCCCCUGGUCCUGCCAAAACAGAAGAACCCAGAAAACGGAGGGACGCAAGUACACAACAAGAAACCCAGCCGCCAGCUUCACCUGAAAGAUUAGAUAGAAAUGGCUGAGCCGGAGGAAGCUGCUGAGAAGUCAAAGGCUCAAAACCCACACUACCAGAGUCAGGGUCAACCCAUCCACCACCACCAACAACAACAACAAUAUCACAGUGUUUUCGUUACUUCUUCUCCGGCUAUGUUGGGGAGAGACAGGGGAGAGUCUCUCAUGGAGGUCGACCUCGAUCUCGACAAUUCAUGGCCUUUGGAUCAGAUCUCUUAUGCUUCCAGCCAUCCCAUGUCUCCCCUUUUCCUCUCUUCCUCUGACCCCAACCCUUGUUCCCCUCUUUGGGCCUUCCCUGACGCCGACGACGACAAGCUUCCUCCCGCCGCCGCCCCCCGCGAUUACCCAAUUUUCGUCACAUGCAAUAUAAGCUCAGCUACUGAAACGAACAGAGAAAGUGAUGAAGGAAAGAAGAUUCCUCCUUCUCCGCGGUGGGGAUCGAUGCCAAUCGAAAGCCCAGAUGGCCACUGCCUAAUAAAAGAGCGGAUGACUCGAGCUUUGAGAUAUUUGAAAGAAUCAACCGAGCAACAUAUCCUAGCUCAAGUUUGGGCGCCUGUGAAAAACCAAGGUCGAUUUGUUCUGACAACUUCAGAGCAACCAUUCGUUCUGGAUCCUCACUGCAACGGGCUUAAUCAGUACAGGAUGGUCUCUCUUCUCUACACUUUCUCUGUGGAUGGCGAAACUGAUGGAGAGUUGGGUCUCCCUGGCCGUGUUUUCCAGCAAAAGUUGCCUGAAUGGACUCCAAAUGUUCAGUAUUACUCUAGGAAAGAGUAUUCUAGGCUUGGUCAUGCCUUGCACUAUAACGUUCAAGGAACUUUGGCUUUGCCUGUCUUUGAAACUUCUGGCAAGUCAUGUGUUGGUGUGGUUGAACUUGUGAUGACUUCGCAGAAGAUUAAUUAUGGCCCUGAAGUUGAUAAAGUCUGCAAGGCGCUUGAGGCAGUUGAUCUUAAGAGUUCACAAAUAAUGGACCAUCCAAGCCCACAGAUAUGCAAUGAAGGACGGCAGAAUGCACUGGCCGAGAUUCUCGAGAUAUUGACAGUUGUAUGCGAAACCCAUAACUUGCCCUUGGCUCAAACUUGGGUCCCAUGCAUGCACCGCAAUGUCUUAGCCCAUGGUGGAGGAGUAAAGAAGAGUUGCACCAGCUUCGAUGGCAGCUGCAAUGGCCAAGUCUGUAUGUCUACAACCGAUCUAGCCUCCUACAUUGUUGAUGCACAAGUUUGGGGCUUCCGAGAAGCAUGCCGCGAACAUCACUUGCAGACUGGCCAGGGUGUUGCGGGCAGGGCUUUCCUGUCUCACAAUGCUUGCUUUUGUAGGGACAUUCGAAACAUAUGCAAGACACAGUACCCGUUAGUGCAUUAUGCACGAAUGUUUGGAUUAAGCGGCUGCUUUGCAAUCUGCUUGAAGAGCAGCCACACUGGUGAUGAUGAUUAUGUUCUCGAGUUCUUCCUCCCGCCAGGGAAUGCUGAGGGGAUCGAACAGAAGAAACUAUUGGGAUUAUUGCUUGCUACAAUGAAGCAGCAUUUCCAGAGUCUUCGGGUUGCAUCUGGAAUGGAGCUCGGAGAUGAAGAGGAGGGAUUUGUUGAGAUUAUUGAAGCUUCCGAGGCUGGGAAACUUGAGUACAGUCUCGAAUGCAUUCGUGUCCCACGUUCUGCCACACAGGCUACUUCACCAGAUGCUGAUGGUGAUACAUUGCCAAAGGAAAUGGAGGUUGUGCAGCAACAGCUGCAAUACACUUCAUUGAAGCAUCAACCGAGUUUGGAACUGAAUGCUAUUGAUAAUGGGUUAGAAGUAAACAAUUGUCUUCCUCCUCUUGAAAAUGGCCCCAAGAUUCCAUUGAAGAAGAAGCGAGGCAAAACUGAAAAAUCUAUCAGUCUAGAGGUUCUUCAGCAACAUUUUGCUGGCAGUCUUAAAGAUGCUGCAAAGAGCCUUGGUGUUUGUCCUACCACAAUGAAGCGUAUCUGCAGGCAACAUGGGAUCUCUCGGUGGCCAUCUCGCAAGAUCAACAAGGUGAACAGAUCGCUCACCAAGCUCAAGAGGGUAAUUGAAUCCGUCCAAGUUGCAGAUGGAGCAUUCGAUUUGACUCCUCUCACAACAUCCCCACUUCCUGUCGCAGUUAGUUCCAUUUCCUGGCCCUCUUAUGAUAUCAAUAAUGGAUCCAAAUCCGGUGAACUAAUUCAUAGGAAGAGUAAUGGAUCACCAACCAACUUUGAGACACCAGGAAGAAAUGGAGUCGAAGAUCAAACUGCAAGCGUGGGUUCCCCAGAGGUGCCCCAAGGUCUGAAAUUUGGAAAUGCUUCGAGAGAAGACAGCGCCGGCAAUUCUACUUCUCAUGGUUCAUGUCAAGGCAGUCCAGCAAACGGUGAAAGUGGCUCCCCUGCCAAGGACCCUGAUGAACAUUCCCCAAAACCUGCUGGGGGAUCCCCACUUGGCUUGCCAUUUCUAGACAUGAAGCUGUCAGCAGCAUACUCAAUCCCAGAUGCUCUUGUGGCAACGACAACAGGAGCUGAAGAAGAACCAUUUGGAGAGAUGCUAAUCGAAGAUGCUGGAAGCUCCAAGGACUUGCAAAACCUUUGCUCCCCCUUAGCCUUAAUCGAAGACCGGCUUCCAGAGUCCAGUGGGACUAAUCCUCCAACAGCAGCCCAAACAGCAGCUGCCAAUCAUCAGCCAGUGCUGCUGGAUGAUCCUGCAUUAGUCAGGGGAGAAGCUAAGAAAGUGAUCAUAAAGGCGAUGUACAAGGAAGACAUAAUAAGGUUCAGGAUAUCGGCCGGUUGUGGGCUCAUGGAGCUGAAGGAGGAAGUCGCGAAGAGGUUGAAGUUGGAUAUUGGGGUUUUCGACAUCAAGUAUCUGGAUGAUGACAACGAAUGGGUACUGAUCGUCUGUGAUGCCGACCUUCAAGAAUGCAUCGAUAUUACCAGGUCAUCGUCCCGGUGUAAUAUGAUCAGGCUAUCGGUUCACGAUGUGAGUGCCAACUUUGGGAGCUCCUGUGAAAGCACAGGUGGGGGGUUGCGAUGAUGAUGGCUAGUUUAAGAAGUCUUGCUGUGUAUAUGCGAUAUGUGAUAUUGAUAGCCAGGUAUUUUUGAGAGUAGCAGAAAAGAUAAGUUUGUAUGUUUGUUUGUUUACCCUUAGGAUUUCAAAGGAAAGAAAUGCUGCUGUAAGAGUUCUUCAUUUAAUAGAGAGAUCUCAGCACCCAUUUCGACAUUUCACCUGUUUUGUUGUCCAUGAUAUUGUGAUAACUAACGUACAGACUAUAGAGGUUGACGUCCUUCUUUGCCAGGUUGUUAGAUGCUUUUGUGCUUCAGUUUGCUGUGAAAUCCGAGUCACAUCAGGAAUCAGAUCCAAUACCACUGGGACGAAGGUUGCAGAGAAAGGUGUGAUACCUUUUUGUCAACACUUGAUCAGCACAAGCAUUUUUCAGUGGAAAUGGAGGGAUCAAAGUUUGAAAGCUUUAGAUACUUACAUUUUGCUUAGGGUCAAUUGCCUUGACAAGAGCCUUUUAGAAAUGAACUUUUGAUUCCAUCUGUUAGUUCUUUUAACAAAAAGAUGGACUAACUGAUGGUUUGAUCGAUGGAACUAACGGAGAUGAAGUGUUAGAUGUACAGAAAUGUUGAUGAUGACAUGAGAGCAUUGAUUCGUUGAUUUCUAUCAUUCGUUAAGUUUCGUGAUAAAUAUUUUCAAAAUAA